UACAAAAUUAUAAAUUUUUGAUGACUGGGAACGGCUGAUUUUUGUUGACUCUACCAAGUGUUUUUUUGAUAUGGCAGAGGAAUUAAGGAAUAAAUUGUACAAAUAUCGCUUUAAAAAACAAAGGCAAAAAGUAAUUCAGAUAUUUAAGUCAAAACUCAUAGAAUUCUGGAUGCUGGGUAUGGGAGAGCCUAGUUUGAGUGAAGGAGAGCAAGUCGGGAUUAAUGUGGUUGAAAAAGAUGUUGAUUUGAACAAAUUUCAAAACCAGGAUUCAAAUGCCAAAUUUACUAAGAAUGUGGAAUACGAAUUAGCGCAGAACUCUGAUGAUGAAGAUGAACGGGAAUCAGUAUCUGAGCUUCUUCCUUAAGGAAUUCCAGAGACUCAUUGGCACUGGUUGUCCUACGCCUUCUGCCGAGAUUGGUCGAUGUUGUGUUGUUCGAGGUUCCUGGAGAGUCAUUCGAAACCCCAAUAUCUUCCACCACAUUGGAAGCAUCCCUUGUACUUGGCAGUGACAAAGACGAAUGCAAAUUCUUAGGAGGCGUACUAAUAGAAUGUCUGGUUCCAUACACAUCGUCAAAAAACUCCCAAGCAUUUGCAGCACGCCCAAGUCAGGGUGAUGGCACUAGGUCAGUAUAGUAAAACCCUUUUUUUUUUUUUUUAAACACCGAUCCAAACGGGGUUAGAUCGCCGAAAAAACAGCCCUUGGUCGGAUAAAAUCCGAGUCAAUUUCGGUGCAUAGAACCGUGGAAUUCGUGUUCGUAUGUGUCGGUUUGGCGUUCGUAUGUGUCAGUUUUUUUUAUGACGUUUUAAAUUUUUUCCUUAUCUUGAUGUUUUUUCGCGAACCACUUGUCCGAUUUUGAUGAAACAAAUUUGGAAAAAUUAAGAAUUACAAUUUCCAUUUGUUUUUAUACAAAAUAGUGUCAUUUCCCUGGCUUGGAAUUUCUCACCCCCCAGAUUAGCUGAUUAGAUUAUUUUUUUUGUUUUGCUUUUAUCUACAUAUUUAUUUCGUGCAGCAAUUGUUUAUAUUUAUAAAUAAUAAUUUGUGAACACUGGUUUUUAUUGA